AUGAAGGUUCUCAUCGCGACGAUGCCCUUCGCGGGACACAUCCAUCCGAUGCAGCCAAUUGCCCUCGCCCUGAUCCGCCGCGGCCACACCGUUGCGUGGCUCACCUCCGCAUCUCAUGAACACCUCGUCCAGCCGACCGGGGCAACCUUCAUCCCCUCACCACUGGCUCUCGCUCGCCACGAUGAACGUGUGUUGGUGCCAGAUGCGGGAACAUCGGGCCUCGCGGCUGUGGUGUCAACGCUGCGAAAACUCUUUCUCGAUCGCAUUCCGGAUCAAGUUGCUGCCUACCAGGAGGUUCUGUCAACCUUCCCGGCAGAUAUUAUCCUGGUGGAUCUGACAGCAUACGGGGCGCACUGCUUUCGCGACCUCACUGGAACUCCAUACGCGACGUUGGGGAUCAAUCCGCUUGUCACAUUCGACCCAGAAGUCCCGCCCUGGGGCACCGGCUGGCAACCACCUUCAACGAUAUUCGGGCGGUGGGUGAAUUCGGUAGCUCACACAGUAGCAACUUGGCUGUUGUAUCCGAAGCUCACAGCAAUACUGAACACGCACCGGGCCAAACUGGAUCUUCCUCCCCUUCCACCGACGGGAUUCUAUGACACGACAAGGUCUGAUGUCCUGCACAUUAUGCCAACAACUCCUGCGUUUGAGUUCCCACGCGACUUUCAUCCAUCCAUCAAGUGGGUUGGACCAUUGCUUCCACUGUUCACCGAGGAAUCAUUCACUUCACCGCCAAUCUGGUGGAAUGAGAUGCUGGCACAUCCGAAAGAGAAAGUCGUUCAUGUCACGCAAGGAACCUGGGCUACCACCGCAACAAACCUCAUACUCCCGACACUCGCAGCACUACGCGAUCGUUCAGAUCUGCUGGUCAUCGCCACCACGCCAGACGCGGAAAAAGCCUUGCCAGUAUCAUCUUUACCCAGGAAUGCGAGAGCGGCGUCAUUUGUACCUCACGCAAAGCUCUUGCCACAUGUUGGGGUGAUGGUCACAAACGCAGGCUACAACGGCGUCCUGGUAGCGUUGAACUGUGGAGUCCCGUUGGUUUGCGCCGGCCAAACGGAGGACAAGGCAGAUGUCAGUUCAAGAGUUGCUUGGAGCGGGGCCGGGAUCGAUCUUGGCACGGAUACGCCGAGUAUGAAGGCUAUUAGGGAUGCGGUUGCCAGGGUCGUUCGAGAUGAGAAGUACCGCAAGGCGGCGGAGAGAAUUAGGGUUGAUUUUCAGAACCAUGAUGGGCCCAAAGAGGCAGUUGACGCUUUGGAAGAAAUUGUUAAUCGGAAUCAGAAGCGAGUCUCAUGGACGCAUCAACCCUGA